AUGCCAAUAUAAUAGUCUUUACAUAUAAACUAAACAAUAUUAAGCGAAGAUUAGCAGAAACUCUACUAGUCUCCUUCAUAUUAAUAGAUUGAAGUAAAUAAUUAGUAACAAAAUCAAUAAAUUGAAAACUAAACACUUAGCUAAAGAUAACUAGAAAAUGGUAUUUUAUUAAACUAUUAACAAUAGCCUCAUAACAAUUAAAGUAAUUAAAUUCAUUCGAAUUCAAUUUCUAAUUAAAAUAAAAUUUAAGGAUAGCUUGAAAAUCAUUAUAUUAAGCCUAUCUAAUUAUAAAAUAAUUUAAAUUAUCCAAAAAAAAAUACUUGCAAAAAAUGUGACAUAGCUUGUAAAAAUUUAAGUGGAUUAUACAAUCAUGUCAGAACAUAUCACAAAUCUUAUAAUAUAUAAGAUUUUGCAUUAGAACCAGCUUAGAAAAGAGGUAGACCAAAAAAAGUUCUCAAUUGA